CUGGUCCAUGUGCCCUCCCGCAAAUCGUUAUCUUUGUGCAUCAUUCUCUGACGCCCAACGCCGGGGUGAGGAAAAAACAACAAUACCCAGGGAAAAAAAAACUGCCGAGAACCGUCGUCGCGUCCUCGAGCUAGGCAGCUGCUCGUCUCUCCGUCAACAAGCUAUUUCUGACUGUGCGAUGCUGUGACCCGCGCGCCGCAGCAGACGAACGCCUUCGCGACCAGCCAAUUAAGCGGACCUCGGGACAGUUUGUUCGCCGCCUUUCGACAGCAACACGUCGCCAUCUUUGUACCUGCGCAAACAUGCGCUCUCGCCAAUCCGCAAGGAGACGGUCGGCGCCGGCGCCAGUGGAGGAGGAGUCUACCGCGCCGGCAGAGCUCCAAGAAUCGAACCCGGAAUCUGGAGGUGAAGCCGAAUCAGAAGCAGAGCCCGAGGCGGAACCGCAAGCAGCUGAGGGCGAUGAUGAGGGAGAGCAUCAGCGACUCCAGUUUAAUGAAGAGCUGUCGUGGCGGCCUGCGAAGCCAAUCCCCAGCGGCACUCUUCUGACUCGUCUGGAGAAGCUGUCUAAAGAGCUGGCAGACUUUGAACAAGGCGAGGUCGACCUGAGCUCGCUCAAGGAUGUCUCCGCCCAGCUAGCGCAUCGCAAUCUGCUGCAGCACAAGGAUAGAGGCGUCAAAGCAUACACCGCGUGCUGUUUGGUUGAUAUCCUGCGCCUGUUUGUCCCAGAUGCUCCGUUUACGGAUGAUCAGCUCAAGAUGAUGUUCGGCCUAUUCGUAAAGGAUAUCUUACCGAGCCUCCAAGACCCUACGAACCCAUAUAAUAGCCAACACAAAUACGUUCUCAUGUCUCUAACUGAUGUCAAGAGUAUUCUGCUUAUAUCCGAAAUCCAUGGAGCCGACGACCUCUUGUUGCGCCUGUUCAAUUCUACUUUUGAUGGAGUGUCUGCAAAUGCCAAGGCACCGGCUGAGGAGCAAGUUGCAAAGGAUGUUGAAAUCCAUCUAACAGAGAUGCUGAUCCAGCUGAUUGACGAGUCUCCUGGCAGUGUACCGGCGAGUGUUAUUGAUGCCAUCAUCAGCCAAUUUUUGCGAGCAGCCCCCCCUGGCGGUGGCCGAAGCAAAGAGCAAAACGGCAAGCAAUCGACGCUCCUUCACAAGACAGAACCGGCCGCCUAUGUCAUGGCCAAAGCUAUUUGUAAUGGAUGUGCAGACAAGAUGGCACGUUACGUGAGCCAGUACUUCAGCGAUGUGAUUCUUAAUGCUUCCGGAUUUGCAACUGCUGGGAAUGGCACUCGCCAUGGAGGAGAUGAUUCAGACGAGGAAGAUAGCCAUGCAGGGCCCUCCGAGGCUGAUCUGAGGAGUCUUCGCCAGGCUCAUCUUCUUAUCCGAGAGCUUUGGCGAGCAGCGCCUGCCGUCCUCCAAAACGUUAUUCCUCAGCUAGAUGCUGAGCUGUCAGCCGAUAACGUUCACCUGCGGCUUAUAGCUACAGAGACGUUCGGCGACAUGAUAUCCGGCAUUGGAGCUGCAGGCCCUCCGCAGCCCCCCGUACUCGAUCCCGCCGCAUACCCCCCGAUUAGACUGAUGGAUGAUACUCCUACAGUUGUAGCUGAGGCCAACGUUCUCACCAAACCGUACUCUCCACAAUCCUUCGCCCAGACACAUCAUGCUACAUAUCGCAACUUUGUCGGCCGGAAGAACGACAAGACUGGAACUAUACGGACUGCCUGGGUAACCGCAGUUGGUUACAUUCUUUCUACUUCUGCCGGAGGAAUUGGCUUAAGCAGCCAAGAAGAAAAUGAACUAGUAAGAGCCCUGGUCGACAAAUUGAACGAUAGCGAAGAAAAGGUUCGUUUGGCAGCAGUUAAGGCAAUUGAGCUCUUCGAUUUCCGAGAUAUUGUCCUAAAGCUGGGCAUCAUUGGCGGCGUAGAAAAGGAGGGCUCAGUCUUUGCAAGUCUUGCAGAUCGAUGUCGAGACAGGAAACCAGCUGUACGCGUCGAGGCCAUGAUCCUGCUCGGCAAAUUGUGGGCAGUCGGUGCUGGGGAGAUUGCAGACGGACAGGAAGCCGUUACUGCCUGUCUCUCAGGUGUUCCAUCGCGCAUUAUCAAUGCCUUUUAUGCCAACGACCCCGACCUCAAUGUGCUUCUCGACCGCGUCAUGUUCGAAUGCCUGAUACCCCUAAAGUAUCCCCUCAUAAAGGGCAAAGGGGCUAAGACUGCCGCUGCGUCCUCGCAAGGGAAAGCCGCGGCUGGCCAGGCCGAUCAGGAUAAGAUACGAGCCGAGAGAAUUUUGUUGAUGCUCAAGUCUCUCGAUACUCCAGCACAGAAGGCAUUCUUUGCCAUGCAGGCGCGCCAGCCUCAAUUUGCCAAGGGCGUUGAGAUUUUCAUCCAGCAGUGCGAAGCAUACAACGGCGGCGUCAUCGAAGCUAACGAGGACAAAGUCAAGGCUGGCCUCGCCAAAACUAUGCAAUGGUUUGGUGCCUACUUUCCCGAUCCGUUGAAGGUUCGUAGCGACCUUCAAAAAUUUGUAAAGCUCAAUGAGCGGCGUAGCUACCAGCUUGUCAAGUACGCGAUUGAGUCUGAAAGUGACUUCAAGACCGUGAGACGCGCGAUCGCCGAGCUGAUCACGAAAAUAUCGGCAAGCUCUGGUGCGAGCUCUCUGGACACACUGAUUCCCUUGUUAUAUCGCUCAAGCUGUCUCAUGUUCAACCGAAGCCACUUAGCCACCAUCAUGGACUACUCAAAGAGCGAUAAGAACGGCUUCGCUGCUGUGGCGCAUCAGGUGCUCAACGACAUAUCUCAGCGAAAUCCCGAUAUUUUCAAAGCUCAUGCCGAAGAACUGCGAAAAGAACUGAUCCAAAAAGCUCCAACCGAAACUACCAAAUCUCAGGAUGCUUCUGUUAGCGAUAUUCUCAAGGCCUACUCAUCUUACGCUAAGAGGUAUCCCGAGGACGUCAAAUAUGAUAAGACCUUCACCCAGACACUCAUCAACUACGCUCUCUACGGCGUUCCCAUCAAGACACCCAAGUACGCUAUCAACGUCCUCUUGGCGAAGAACGAUGAUAAGAGUAAGGUGACAGCCACAACUCUACUACGGAAGGUGAUGGCGAACUUGAAGUAUGGAGCGCCUCACUUUCUCAAUAAGCUGGCUACUAUUAGUCAACUGGAGCGUUUGGCACCGACUGUUACCGUGGACUCGGACGAUGCAAUCAACGAUAUAACCAUAAAGAAGGUUCUUCACGAAGUCCGAACUGAGGCCGGGGAUAAAGAUCCAACUUGGGUCGAUGAUGCCGACAUGGAUGAGGAGCUCCAAGCGAAGAGUCUUUCGAUAAGAAUUCUAGUUAAUAGAGCUCUUGCUACGUCGACAGAUGCUGAUGCAGAGACGCGGAUCAAGCCUAUCUUCAAGCUCCUUAAAACCUAUGUUGUCGCGGAAGGCGAGCUGUCCAAAGUAAAAGACACCCCCAAACAUCACAAAAAGCGUCUUAGGCUUCUGGCAGGUCUCAUGAUUCUGAAGCUAUGCACUGUGAAAAAAUAUGAUGAUCAGUUUGACCAUGCAGGCUUCAAUAAGCUUGCGGAGCUCGUUCAAGAUUCCGAGCUCCAGGUACGCCGUCGUUUUAUGGACAAGCUACAAAAUUAUCUCACUCGAGGGAAACUGCGCGCGCGUUUCCAUACUAUCCUGUUCCUAACAGCUUUCGAACCUUUCCCGGAACUCAAAAAUCGCGUAGAAACCUGGCUCCGAUCACGAGCUCGAUACUACGCCCAGAAUGAGCAGCAGAUCAUGGAAGCCCUCAUGGGAAGACUUAUCCCAUUAUUGGCUCACCAUCCAGACUACAGCCCAGACGAAGCUGACCUGGUUGAUUUUGCAAACUAUUUCCUCUUCUAUUUGGGCGCAGUUGCAACCGAGGGAAACAUUUCUUUAAUUUACAAAUACGCCGAAAGGGUGAAGCAAACGCGUGACGGCGUUGAACCGGAGAAGAGCGAAAAUCUUUACGUAUUAAGCGAUCUAGCGCAGACAUUGGUUCGUAAAUACCAGGAGAGGAAGAAUUGGAGCUUCCAGGCUUGGCCAGGCAAAGUUGGUCUGCCUACGGGGCUGUAUACAGCUCUCCCGUCCAGCGAAGUUGCUCAGCAUAUUGCGCAGAAGCAGUUUAUUCCAGAGGAGCUGGACGAGAAGUUGGAUGACUUGAUUCGGGUGAUGGACCGCAAGAAGAAACGAAAGUCAAUACACGAAUCCGCAGACCAUCCAGCAAAGAAACCCAAGACUCAGAUGAAGACCGUUAUCAGAGGAAAGCCAAGUCCAAAGCCCAAGUCGACUAAAGUUCCUAGCAAGAAGCCCGCAAGGCCCAAAGCAGCUCCUAAGGCUAAGAAGGCAGAAUCUAAUAUUCCUGAGAGUGAGCGACGGCGCAGUGGCCGCUCUCAUAACAUCUCGACUUACGCAGAGCGUGGCGACGAAGAAGACGAAGAAGAAAUGUUGGAGGGCGUCGCGGAAUGGGAAUACGGUGAUGAAGAGGACAAUGAUAACGAAGGUGCAUCUGAUCAGCAAGAAAGCGGCAACGAAGACAACUCUGAAGCUUCUGAGCCUGAAAACGACGAAGCAGAAGAUGCCGCCGAAGAAGUGAACGAGGAGGAGUCUGAGCCAGAGCAGCCGCAGCCAAAGAGCAACGGGAGAAAACUCGCCGCUCCCAGGGGCAGAGGAAAAGCGGCACCGGCCGUCAAGGCCAGCGCCCUGGCAACGGCCAGGACAAGCACGCGCUCUACUCGUGGGCGGGCAGCGAGGGGAGCAUCGGACAUGGAUGUAGAUGAUGAUGAUGACGAGUGAAAAAAAUAUGUAUGUUAGGAAUUUGAUUUUUUUUUUUUCUGCUUGGAGACGAGAAUGAUGCCUUCUUUCUUAUUACUCUUUAAGGUUUUCCUUUGAGAUGGAAUUGUGUUCUUUUGAAGAAGACAAAUUGUUCAUACUAGCCCCCCUCUGAUUUAUUCGUUGUUAUAGCUUCGUCUUCGUCGUUUCUUUUGUUAGUUCUUCUCUGUUCAAAGCACUGGAGGCGGGGAAGCUUUUUUCUUUUUGCUAUUACCUGUUUCUCCCUUUUGAAUUUUGUUUUCAAGCCGGUUUACCUUCUUGUAUGAUGAAUAACGAAGGAGAAGGGGGGAGGGGACAGAGAAUGAUACUUCAUGGAGGUGGGAGAACACAACACUCGAUGUAAGCCGCUUGCAAAUGUUAUAUAUCCCCAAUGUUUCUUAGCUUUUUGGGCAUAGAAAAUAAAAUUGUGAAAGGGC